AUGUUCACAACCGCUAGAGCGAGCUCGGGAAAAGGACCUGAGAUUCGAACCGGGAAAACGGUCGGUGGCAAGGAUAUCAAAAUAACUGAAGGGACGGAGUUGGUUAUUACGUCUCAUAACGACUAUGCUGAGAAGAGUGAUCUCCAUUACCUAUACGUCGACUACAAAAACAUCACCAAAGUGAUCGAGAAGGGAAAGCUUAUAUAUGUGGACGAUGGUAUUUUAUCAUUCGAAGUUCUCGAAAUCAUAGACGACAGCUCCCUGCGUGCCAGGUGUCUGAACAAUGGCGUCAUCUCCUCCAAAAAGGGUGUCAACCUGCCCGGCACCGACAUCGACCUCCCCGCUCUCUCCGAGAAGGACAAGCAAGACCUCCGCUUCGGCGUGAAGAACAAAGUCGACAUGAUCUUCGCCUCCUUCAUCCGCCGCGCCUCCGACAUCCGCGAUAUCCGCGCAGUCCUGGGCGAAGAAGGCAAGGAAAUCCAGAUCAUCGCCAAGAUCGAGAAUGAGCAGGGAGUCAACAACUUCGACGAGAUCCUCGAGGAGACCGACGGCGUCAUGGUCGCGCGUGGCGAUUUGGGUAUCGAAAUCCCCGCCGCCAAGGUUUUCAUUGCGCAGAAGAUGAUGAUUGCCAAGUGCAAUAUCAAGGGCAAGCCGGUCAUUUGCGCGACCCAGAUGCUCGAGUCCAUGACGUAUAAUCCACGCCCAACGCGUGCUGAGGUCUCGGACGUCGCCAAUGCGGUGCAAGAUGGCGCGGACUGUGUCAUGUUGUCUGGCGAGACGGCGAAAGGUGAUUACCCCAAGGAGGCUGUCACAAUGAUGCAGGAGACGUGCCUGAUUGCGGAGUUGCGGAACCUGGCGCCGCGGCCUAUGGAUACCGUUGAGUCCAUUGCUAUGGCUGCGGUCUCUGCCAGUUUGGAAUUGAACGCGGGUGCUAUCUUGGUCCUGACGACUAGCGGCCACUCCGCCCGCCUCCUCUCCAAAUACCGGCCCAUCUGCCCCAUCAUAAUGGUAACCCGCAACGGAAUAGCAGCUCGCAAAUACACUUUGAUUUUAGCCCCUUAA